AUGGAUAACAACGAGGACAUGAGCACCACGGAGCGCAAGUCCUCAAAGGCGCAACGCAUACUAGGAACCGACUUACCCCUCCCCAAUGGCCGGUGGGAUAAGCCGCAAAAGCCCAGGCGAUCAAGCCUGCGAACCCCAGACGAAUCUUCACGGCAGCAACGAGGCAGCUUCCUGCCUUUUCCCUCGGGUGAAGCGGUCCCACCUCAGAAUUUACGUGUUCGCGCCUCAUCGCCGUUGUUAGGCCACGACUACCGAUCCCAAGAUCCAGCUCCUCCGCUUCCGAAGCCUUCGAAAAAGGUCCAUCAGUCCGGUUCUUCUUCCACAUUAUUUUCCUACUUUAGCUCCAAGGAUAAAGAUACAUCCUCGAAAUCCGUCAAGUCCGGUAAAUCUGGGAAAUCGAAUCCCACAACACCAAACCAUGCUAGUCUUCAGCCCCGAGUCCGCCACGAGCUACAGGCACAUCCCAAUGUGACAUAUCAACCUCCACAAGCCCAUACGCCACCAAGGGAAAGUAAGCGAAAGCUUCGCCCUCCCAGAAUUGACCUUUCGAUCCUCUUCCCGAAACCUCGCAAUCCCGCCACUCAAAAUCACCUCUUGUCUCCUCAGCGAGUUACCAGCUCUCCCUCUCCUGUCUCCACCGUCGCUUCGGAUUGGCCCUCAAACAAGGUUGACCGUGUAGACCAGCUCGGUAGCAACUCAGCUGCGCGGAAGCUUCAAGUCGGAGAACCAGUGCCUCCACGGACCUCGGCUAUCCAGCAUGAGACUCCCAAGCCUCAGAAUGACCGAUCGGAUCUGCUGUCGAUCCCCGAGAUGAAAGAUGGCGAGUGGUCACCGCGUUGGGAGAACCCAGAACGCACAGUCGGUACGAGUGAGAUUGAUCUUGCCCUAGACCGAUAUGCAGGACGCCGGUCCCUGUUCAGCCGUUCCAGUGUUUACACCGCCAGUCGGGAGCAGCUGCAUCAGGAGCAGCAACGCCCUACGGAAACGAUUCAGCAAAGACGUACGCAUAGCCCCGCCAAUGGCAGACCCAAGGAUCUAUAUUUGUCUCCUACAUCCCACGCCGAUGCAAGCCGGGGCCAGAGCAGGAACCGCACCAACAGCAAUACGAAUAGCACGAAGACAACGUUGACUAAGAAGAGCAGCAAGAGCACCUUGAGGAAUAAGGACCUGCAGAAAUCCAGUGUUCUCUGUCUUUCUUCAUCCGAAGACGAGGAUUCCGACCAGGAUACCACGCCUACCGGGAACAGUACCGGCACCAAAAUUCGAAAUUUCAGGGACAGCGUGGCUACCUAUGGUGACUACGAACCUGAGAUCUACACUGCCUCAACUGCUCACGCCACAGUCGGCACACCGACAUUGAAGAGAUUUGACCGAGAUCGUGCACCCUCUACCAGUAGCCGUGGAUCCAGCCAAGUAUCUAGCCGGAAAUCAAGUCACAUUCCUCCGAUUCCUCAGUCGCGCAGACAUACUUCCAAUCCGUCCAGCAACACGUUGUCUGCCGUGGCCCAGCGAAAGUCUAGCCAGCCUCGUCGGACAACCAAAGUUCCUCUUAUAGCCGACUCGGAUAUUUUGAACCAAUUCCCGCAGUCGGGCACGCGCACGCCACAAGAGCUGAAGGAGCUGAAGGAAAUAAACCGGAGAAGCCGAGUCAUUGCAGUGACCCGGCAAGAGCAGGAUCUUCUGGAGGCGAUGCGAGUCCGUAAGGGCAAGAUCACGCCGAGUAUAUUGCAACAAAAUGCUCCCCAGGUCAAUGGCUCUCAGACAGACCGCAGCUCGGUUAUGUCUGGUCCGUCGCGGGAUUCAUUCUGUGAAUCGGAUACAUCUUUCCUGCGUCUCAGUGCAGCUUUCCCGCCUUUUCACACCCAGUCAGACCAAGGUGCAUCCCACAUGGACAAGCAUAGUUCUCCCUCGCAGAGUUCUGGUUCUGAUACUGAACAGAAAACUGGUAAUUCGAUUACCUCUCCCCGGUUCAGUAUGGGCUACACCGAGAGUCUUCCAUCCCCCGCUGACAGCGGUGCCUCCCCACUUACGCCAACCCUCCCAAUCCAUCGCUUCUCUCCGCUACCAUGCCCGAAGCCACCGCCUCGUGGCCCGCCCCCGGCCAUCCCAGAGGAUCGAGAAGCAGCACACUCGCCGUCGCACCGACAGCAGCGAAGCUAUCAUGCUUCACGACAAUGGCGAGCAGCGCAAGCACGAUCUUCCUCUUUGGUCGUUCGACUUUGA